CCCACCUACUGUUGCUUCUGCUGCUUCUGCAUUUCUUCUUCGUCUUCAUGGCUGGGAAUUCUCUGAUUCUUGGUGAAACCCCUUCAUCGGCAUCAUCUUUACCUCCAAAGAGUAUGGGUUGCGUCAAAGAACUAGUAGAAUCAAGCACCCUCACCUCCAUCCCAUCCCACUACAUCUUCUCCACCAAUCUCGACCAACAGGUUUCUACAGAAGAGAUCCCCGUCAUUGAUUUCUCCCUUCUCACAUCCGGUACUCCUGAUCAACGCUCCAAGAUUGUCCAACAACUCGGCAAAGCCUGUCAAGAUUGGGGCUUCUUCAUGGUUAUAAAUCAUGGUGUACCGGAGAGCCUGAGGGAAGAGAUGCUGAAGGCCUGCCAAAGAUUCUUCGAUCUGACGGAGGAAGAGAAGAGGGAGUAUAUGGGGAAGCACGUACUGGAUCCGAUCAGGUGUGGCACCAGCUUCAAUGUUUCGGUGGAUAAGGUCUUCUUUUGGAGGGAUUAUCUUAAGGUGUUCGUCCAUCCUGAGUUUCAUUCCCCAGGCAAGCCCUCCGAUUUCAGUGAGAUUUCCUCAAAAUAUAGCAAGAGAACAAGAGAAGUGGCGAUGGAAUUACUAAAAGGGAUAUCUGAAAGCUUAGGACUGGAAGAAAACUACAUUGACACUGCAAUGAAGCUGGAGAAGGGUUUUCAGAUUCUGGUUGGGAAUCUGUAUCCACCCUGCCCUGAACCAAAACUUGCGAUGGGAUUGCCACCUCAUUCUGACCAUGGCCUCUUGACCCUCCUCAUAGAAAAUGACAUUUGUGGCCUUCAACUGCAACACAAAGGCAAGUGGGUUCAAGUAAAGUCCCUUCCCAACUCUUUCCUUGUCAAUACAGCGGAUCAUCUUGAGAUACUUAGCAAUGGGAAGUACAAGAGUGUGCUACACAGAGCAAUUGUGAAUGGAAAAGCUUCGAGGAUAUCCCUUGCAAUGGCCCAUGGGCCGUCAUUGGACACAGUUGUUAGCCCAGCUCCGAAAUUGUUAAACAGUGAAAUCAAUCCACCAGCAUACACAGGAAUGAAAUAUAGGGAUUACUUGGAGCUCCAGCAACUCAACGUACUUGGUGAAAAAACCAGCUUGGACCGGGUUCGAGUUCAAUAAUGAUGGUUGAACCUUGAACCGCUUAAAGGAAUGAUGGUGGUUUCUGUUAUCAAGAUUCGAUAAUGCUUGUUGCGUUGUAGUGUUGUACUAUAUGGUUAUGGCUUGGACAAUCUACUCUAGCAAUUAAUGUAACAAGAAGACGGUGUAAUAUUAUGUAUUUUGGUUGUAUCUCAUGGAAGAAGUAAGAGUGUGAAUUGCAAACUGAAAUCGUUUAUUGAAAUUGAACCCAUCCAA